GCCGCCGCCACUUCCGCGUUCGGGGAGCAGCGAUCAGCCGGUGACAGAAGAGCAGAUCCGGUCCAGUUCAGCCGUUAUUCAUUCAUUCACUCACUCAUUUACCGGAGGAGAACACGCAGACAUGUCCUACGAGCUCAAGCGAGUGUUUGCCAGCCUGCCUCAUAUGGAAAGGGGCGUGGCCAAAGUCCUGGGCGGAGACCCUAAAGGAAACAACUUCCUGUACACCAACGGCAAGAGUGUGAUCAUCAGGAACAUCGAGAACCCUGCGAUCGCUGACGUCUACACCGAGCAUCCACAUCAGGUCAUCGUGGCCAAAUACUGUCCCAGUGGCUUCUACAUCGCAUCGGGCGAUGUGUCAGGGAAGGUGCGUAUCUGGGACACCACACAGAAGGAGCACCUGCUGAAGUACGAGUAUCAGCCGUUCGGCGGGAAGAUCAAAGACAUCGCCUGGACAGAAGACAGCAAGAGACUGGCGGUGGUGGGGGAGGGGCGAGAGAAGUUUGGUGCAGUGUUCCUCUGGGACACCGGUUCAUCAGUGGGGGAGAUUGUGGGUCACAGUAAGAUCAUCAACAGUGUGGACAUCAAGCAGACGCGUCCGUAUCGGCUGGUGACCGGCAGCGACGACAACUGCACCACCUUCCUGGAGGGCCCGCCGUUCAAGUUCAAGUGCACCAUGACCGAUCACAGCCGCUUCGUCAACUGUGUGCGCUUCUCUCCUGAUGGAAAUCGUUACGCUUCUGCCGGAGCUGAUGGACAGAUCUUCCUGUAUGAUGGUAAGACUGGAGAGAAGCUGUCGUCUCUGGGUGGAGAGAAGGCUCAUGAUGGAGGGAUCUACGCUGUGAGCUGGAGUCCUGACAGUACGCAGUUGAUCUCUGCAUCAGGUGAUCGGACAGUGAAGCUGUGGGACGUGAGCAGCGGGACGAGCGUCUCCACCUUCAGUCUGGGCUCAGAUGUUCUGGAUCAGCAGCUGGGCUGUCUCUGGGUCAACAAACACCUGCUGAGCGUCUCUCUGUCCGGAUACAUCAACUACCUGGACAGAAACAACCCCGACCGCCCGCUGCGCACCAUCAAGGGUCACACUAAGUCCAUCCAGUGUGUGACGGUCCACAAGGCGGACGGACGGACGAGCAUCUACUCCGGCAGUCAUGAUGGACACAUCAAUUACUGGGACGCGGAGAGCGGCGAGAACGAGGCGUUCGUGGGUAAAGGACACUCCAAUCUGGUGUCCAGGAUGAUGGUGGACGACGCAGAGCGGCUGGUGACCUGCAGUAUGGACGACACUGUGCGCUACACUGACCUGAAGAAGAAGGAGUACAGUGCGUCUGAUAUGGUCAAAAUGGACGUGCAGCCAAAGUGUGUGAGUGUGGGACCAGGAGGACUCGCCGUCACUGUGUGUAUCGGACAGCUGGUUCUGUUGAAGGAUAAGAAGAAGCUCUUCACUCUGGACUCUCUGGACUACGAGCCUGAAGCUGUGGCCGUUCAUCCUGGAGGCGGGACUGUGGCAGUGGGCGGAGCCGACGGGAAGGUGCAUCUGUAUUCGGUUCAGGGAAACACACUGAGGGAUGAUGGGAAGGCGCUGGAGGUGCAGGGACCCGUGACGGACAUGUCUUACUCUAAAGAUGGAGCGUUCCUGGCGGUGACGGAUGAGAAGAAGGUGGUCACCGUGUUCACCGUCGCUGAUGCGUACAAGGAGAAGAGUGAGUUCUACGGGCAUCAUGCGAAGGUGGUGUGUCUGUCCUGGUCUCCUGAUAAUGAUCACUUCGCCACCAGCGGGAUGGACAUGAUGGUGUACGUGUGGACGGUCAGCGACACUGAGAAGAGGAUCAAGCUGCCGGAUUGUCAUCGGCUGCAUCACGUCAGCGGUCUGGCCUGGCUGAACUCCAACACACUCGUCACCACAUCUCAUGACGCCUGCAUCAAACAGUGGACUCUGAAAAUCUGAGAAUCUCUGAGAAUCUCCUCCUCCUGUCUGAUGUUCCACUCUCCUCCUCAACAGCUCUGAUGCUCUCGCAGGAAAACAAGCGCAACAAUCACACACACACACACACACACACACACACACACACACACACACACACACACACACACAGAUUCAGACACACACCCACAUAUAUCCAGACGACACACGCGUGACAUUCCAGAAGCAGAGCUCACCGUUCCUGAGGCCACAGGGAGCAAUAAUGUGUGUGUGUGUGUGCGUGUGCGUGCGUGUGUGUGUGUGUGUGUGAGAGACAGUGGCAGGCGUUCGUCUGACAGUAUUGGGCUCUCUUCUAACCCCUAUCCUGUUGAUUUACUGUAUUUGUCAUUGGAUGUCUCUGGCUAAUGUUCAUUGGGUGGAUGUGCUUGAUAAUUAUAUUAAUAAUGAGAAUAAAACACUUUUUAUGCA